UUGAUUGCAAGGCAUGCAAUCUCUGUCACAAACCAGCUAGCAUAGCAACCACACAGAUCUACAGAGAUCAGAAGUUUGUAAUCAGCUACACAGACUGUGUUCAUAUUUUAUUUAAUGUUAGUUGUUACAGCAUAAGUGCAUAAUUGUCGACAGCAGAAUAGAUCUAUCACAUCGGAGUGACCAGGAUGGAGUGGCAGCCAGAUGAACAGGGUCUACAGCAAGUGCUCCAGCUACUCAAAGACUCCCAGUCCCCAGACACAGCAACACAGAGAGCUGUACAAGAAAAACUGGAACAACUAAAUCAGUUUCCAGACUUCAAUAACUAUCUCAUCUUUGUCCUCACAAGCCUGAAAUCUGAGGAUGAACCCACUCGCUCUCUCAGCGGUCUGAUACUGAAGAACAAUGUGAAGGCUCACUACCAGAAUUUCCCUCCCAAUGUGGCAGAUUUCAUCAAACGAGAAUGUCUCAAUAACAUUGGAGACCCUUCGCCACUGAUCAGAGCUACUAUUGGUAUCCUGAUCACAACUAUCGCAUCCAAAGGAGAGCUUCAGACCUGGCCUGAACUGUUGCCGCAGCUUUGUAAUCUGCUCAACUCUGAGGACUAUAACACCUGCGAGGGCUCCUUUGGAGCACUACAGAAGAUAUGUGAGGAUUCAUCUGAACUGUUGGAUAGUGAUGCACUGAACAGACCCCUCAAUAUUAUGAUCCCCAAGUUUCUCCAGUUUUUUAAACACUGCAGCCCCAAAAUCAGGUCCCAUGCUAUAGCAUGUGUGAACCAGUUCAUCAUUGGUCGAGCUCAAGCUCUCAUGGAUAAUAUCGAUACUUUUAUUGAGAGUUUGUUCGCAUUGGCUGGGGAUGAAGACAGUGAGGUGCGGAAGAAUGUGUGCAGGGCUCUGGUCAUGCUGCUGGAAGUCCGCAUUGACCGCCUCAUCCCCCAUAUGCACAGUAUCAUCCAGUACAUGCUGCAGAGGACUCAGGACCCAGAUGAGAAUGUGGCUCUAGAGGCCUGUGAAUUCUGGCUGACGCUGGCUGAACAACCUAUUUGUAAAGAAGCCCUGUCUGGCCACUUGGUCCAACUGAUCCCUAUUUUAGUGAAUGGGAUGAAAUACUCUGAGAUUGACAUAAUUCUUCUGAAGGGUGAUGUUGAAGAAGAUGAGACGAUUCCAGACAGUGAGCAAGACAUCAAGCCUCGUUUCCACAAGUCCCGCACUGUCACUCUACAGCACGAAGGCGGGGAGGGAGAGGAGGGAGAGGAUAUUGAUGAAGAUGAGGACGAUGAUGAUGACACGCUGUCUGACUGGAAUCUUCGGAAGUGUUCAGCUGCAGCUCUGGAUGUUCUUGCCAACGUGUUUCGUGAGGAACUGCUGCCCCAUCUUUUACCCCUUCUCAAAGGCCUGCUUUUCCACCCGGACUGGGUCAUCAAAGAGUCCGGCAUCCUGGUCCUGGGGGCUAUUGCUGAGGGCUGUAUGCAGGGUAUGGUACCUUACUUGCCUGAGCUCAUUCCACACCUCAUUCAGUGUUUGUGUGACAAGAAGGCUCUGGUUCGCUCCAUCGCCUGCUGGACCCUGAGCCGUUACGCACACUGGGUGGUCAGCCAGCCCCCUGAUGCUCACCUUAAACCCCUAAUGACCGAGCUGCUCAAACGUAUUCUGGAUGGCAACAAAAGGGUACAGGAAGCAGCAUGCAGUGCAUUUGCCACGCUGGAAGAAGAGGCGUGCACAGAGCUGGUACCUUACCUGAGCUUCAUCCUGGACACACUGGUUUUUGCAUUUGGAAAGUACCAGCACAAGAACCUGCUCAUCCUCUAUGAUGCCAUAGGAACACUGGCUGACUCGGUUGGACACCAUCUUAACCAGCCGGAGUAUAUACAGAAGCUGAUGCCUCCGCUGAUCGCCAAAUGGAAUGAGCUGAAGGAUGAAGACAAGGAUCUCUUCCCCUUGCUGGAGUGUCUGUCAUCUGUUGCCACUGCGCUGCAGAGCGGCUUCCUGCCCUACUGUGAACCUGUCUACCAGCGAUGUGUUACACUUGUACAGAAGACACUCGCUCAAGCCAUGAUGUACAGUCAGCAGCCAGACCAGUACGAGGCACCGGACAAGGACUUCAUGAUUGUUGCUCUGGAUCUUCUAAGUGGCUUGGCAGAAGGACUGGGUGGUCAUGUGGACACACUUGUGGCUCGAAGUAACAUCAUGACACUGCUCUUCCAGUGCAUGCAGGAUACGAUGCCUGAAGUGAGACAGAGUUCAUUUGCUCUCCUGGGUGAUUUGACCAAGGCUUGCUUUCCUCAUGUCAAACCGUGUAUUGCCGAAUUCAUGCCAAUCCUCGGGACAAAUCUGAACCCGGAGUUCAUCUCUGUUUGCAACAAUGCCACGUGGGCCAUUGGAGAGAUUUGCAUGCAGAUGGGAGUGGAGAUGCAGCCAUACAUUGCAAUGGUUCUGAACCAGCUGGUAGAGAUUAUUAAUCGUCCUAACACCCCCAAGACCCUGCUGGAGAACACUGCCAUCACCAUUGGUCGACUGGGCUAUGUGUGUCCUCAAGAGGUCGCUCCCAUGCUGCCACAGUUCAUACGCCCAUGGUGUACGUCUCUACGGAACAUCAGAGAUAACGAGGAGAAAGAUUCUGCUUUCCGUGGCAUUUGCAUGAUGAUUGGUGUAAACCCUGGAGGCGUGGUGCAGGACUUCAUCUUCUUCUGUGAUGCGGUGGCUUCCUGGGUGAACCCUAAAGACGAUCUGAGAGAUAUGUUCUAUAAGAUCCUGCAUGGUUUUAAGGAGCAGGUUGGGGAGGAGAACUGGCAGCAGUUCUCAGAGCAGUUCCCCCCUCUGCUGAAGGAGAGACUGGCAGCCUGCUAUGGAGUUUAGAGCCUCUACACCCACCCAAGAAGGUGAGCCAGCAGGAGGAGGGUGAAUGGGAAACUCAUCCAUCUGUGUAUUGCACUGCCCUGAUCUGGGAGGGAGGGAGAGGGACGCUAUUGGCCGCUCCCCCUGACGGACGGCCCCCACGCCCUAUGUGUUUGUCCAUAGAGGGAGGGUGGGCGGGAGGGAGGGAGGGUACAGGGGGACACCUCUAGAUUAACUAGGCAGGGACCCGACACAGAAAAACUAACUGGUAGGGACAGAUAGAGGGACAGAGAGAAGGACAGAGCGAAGAGAAGAGUUGGGAACCAGAGGAAGAGAUAGGCAGGGAAAGAGAUCAGAACAGAGGAAGUUCAGGGAAAGACAGGGAGGGAAAUCGAUAACAAAGUAGGGAAAAAGAGCUAUAGACAGGUCUGUUUCAAGGCUGGGAGGACAGGGACAGUUGAGAUUUCAAUGGGAUUCUUAAACUUAAGAGAAACCGAUAGCUUGACCGACAGACAGACCAACAUACACAGACUCACACAUACUGUACACUUGCACAUGCUGUACAUGCAGUACAUGGAACUGACUGUGGGUGGCACUAUUAUUUAGACUUCUUUGAGACCUGCUACAUGUAGUUAGGGACAGACAGCCAGGUGUCUAAAACUCUGUUCAUUUUCUGGGUGAUAUCUUUCUUUUUCCCGGGGAAAUAGGAUUCAAUUUGAAUUACUUCAUCCGUAGUCACUGAAUUCUACUUAACUGUAAGAUAAUCUCGCUAUCGCAUCUAUGUUUCCUAUCUUCAUUUUUGACCAGAGUGCUACAUCACAGAGCUGUUCAUCUUAUCAGACAUGUUCUUGCCACAUUUUCUACAAGAUCGAGAGAGAUUUAAACAAACAAACAAACAAACAGAAAAGAGCAAGUGUCUUUUCCUUGUGGCUUCACAGAAACCAUUCCUCUAGGAAAGGGAGGAUUAGGGCUAACACAUUUGUUUUCUCACCAGAGGGGAGAACUCGUGGAAAGAAAAUCACAUCCUUAGUUGUCUCUUUGAGGUUUUGUUUGCUUAUGUGUGUGUGUGUGCGUGUGCAUGUGCAGUUUGUAAAUCCUCCUACUUCAGCAUUCUGUGUUAACAGUAUGAAAUAUGUAUUGUUUUUGAUAUGGUACCGAGCUAAAACUUGACUCCCACCGCAAUGUCCUUGGCACCUGUUAACUGUGACCAAGUGUUUGUUUGUGUAUGUGUUUGAGAUGGAGUGUGAGAAUGAGUGUGUAUGUGUCUGUCUACAUUCGUACUGAUAUCCAUUUGAUGCCAUAUUGAUAUCUUAAGUAAAACAGUGAUUGGCAAUGUCAUUGUGAUCUUUAUAAUGUUUUAAAAAUGGUCCAUAUUCUUUUUUGUUUUUAUUCUUUUUUUUUGCUGCUACUGAUGAUUUUUGUUUCUAUAGUGGACUUAAAUUCGCACAAUUAACACAAAAACAUUUUUUAAUUAAUGCUAUUUUCAGUGACUGUUAAGUUGUUGGGGUUUUUUUUUGCACUUUUUAUUUUAUUUUAUUUAACUUUUUUUGUAUGGACUUUUUUUUAACCUCACCCAUAUGAUAUGUCUUGACCCUAAUGUCACUGUUUGUCAUACUGUGUUGCACUGUGAAAUUAAGUGUCUUUGACUGGCAAAAAUAUCCCAAUACUAAAUGGCAAAUAAAAACAACUUUGUGAAACUGCGACUAAUCCGCACUUUUACAAUGACUAACUUGCAUAUUGCUGAGGUGUGUGUGGAAGUGUGUGUAUGUGAGUGUGUACAUGUAUGAGAACCUGCAUGAAUUUGGUGUGCAUGAGUCCCUCCUGCCUAUGAGCAUGUUCUGAAUAGUUAGAUGGUGUUCAUAUGAUGUGCGUACAGUUGGGGUGCAAAUAUUUUCUUUUUGAAGGGUUUUUUUCUAGCCUGCUCCCCUCCAGAACCUACUUUGUGUGCAUGCUUUGUAUUUUUACUGUGUGUACGUGUGUGUGGAUGUGUGUGUGCAACAGUGUAUGCAUGACGUGUAUUCCAGAGUAAUACGAUUGCCCUUUAUGCACCAACACACCACCUCAAUACACAAUGUGACGAGAGCACAGUAAGAAAAUAAGAGCUAGGACACUGCCAAAGAGCAAUAGCCACUGAAAUUUAAGUAGAGAUGAGCUGCUAUUUCAAUAUUUAAUAUGUGCAUCAUUAUGAGGUGGAAGUACAGGCAUGCCAGGGCUUUCAUAAGUCAUGAAAUCAGAUUUUGCCAGUGAAAUUGACAACAGGGAUCUCUAUUUUUUUCACUAAUUUUCCGCCAGCAUUUUGCAGCAUGUAGACAUUUGGCAACGAACUGUAGUUGGUACUAGAUUUGACCAAGACUGUGACCAUUUAAAGUAAAUCAAUCAUGAAUCAUGUCAAAUCCGAGACAAUCUGAACCCCAGUCUAGUUAGAGCGCCACACUUUCUUAGUUGUACAUGAUGAUGCUUUUGGUUGCUUGUUAUUUUUCUUUGUUUUUUUUACUUGAUGUUUUUAGUUUCAUGAGCGAGUUUUUGUAUUGGACAUAUCAGUGUACAUUUUUUGGAUGCUACUCGGCUUCAGUGACAGAUUCAUUAACACAAUGGAAGGUAAGAGUGUGACAGCCUUUUGAACAAAAAAAAAAAAAAA